AUGACACCGGGUGCAUCAGGGACGAUUCCUUGCCACUGGUUGCAGAGGGCCUCCCUUGAGCCGCAGGCCGUCUCCCUCACUGGGAAGGAGGGGCAGUACGUCUUGAGAAGGAUGACUGCAGCAGACUAUCCCGCAGUUCGUAUGUUGUUGCCUCUGGUAAGUCGUUGCCAGCUGGAGCUGGGAGAGGAAGACUUGGAGCAGCUGCUGAAGCAGCCGACCUACAUCCCCUUUUGCUGCUACACAGUUGCCGCACCUACGGCUGCAUGCGAAGGACAGGGAAAAGAAGGGGAGCUCUGCGGAUUUUGCGAGCUGUACAUACUUCCGCAUUUAGGGCGUGCGGCAGACGGGCGUCUGGAGCGUGUGGUGGUGUCGCCAGAGUUCAGGGGAAAGGGCAUAGCCACUGCCAUGUGCCAGGCCGUCCUGCGUCUAGCUAAGGAACAGCUGCAAUUAGGCAGAGUAGAUCUCACUGUGGAGAAGGCAGAUGCCAAACAUAUUUACACUAAACUUGGAUUCGAGCCUGUCAGCACCGAAACCCUUCGUUUACAGCACAAACAAGAAGGGGUACUGCACUAA